AUGGCGUUGCGACGAAUGCUCUCUGGGAGCUCCACGACGUUCUUCCAGGCGAUGAAACGACCUCAAUACACUUGUUGUUUCUACUCAAGCAAGACUAAGGAGGACGUGAACAUUGUGACGUUCUCUCCAAUUGGCAAGCCUCGAGUUGUUAAUGCGCCUGUAAUCGCUACGAGCGACGAUUUCGAGGAUGACGAAGAAGAUGAAGACAUGGUGACAAUUGGGCCGUCAGGAGUAGAGUAUGGUGGGCCUACGCGUGGUGGAAAGCUGAAAGAGCCUACGAGAUUCGGAGACUGGGAGCGUAAGGGCCGAUGUUGUGAUUUUUGA